GCUAGGUGAGGGGGGGAUUUUAUCAACACAACAAACCUUUGUUCGUCUGUGAUUGUUUAUAUCUAUUUGUUUUUUGACGCAGUAGCUACAGUCGUGAUAGGUUUCGUUGUGUCUGUUCGAAAAUAUGUCCGAGGCUACCGAAAGUGACCCAAUUCCAACAUCUAGUGAAACUUCUGUCAUAACCGACAUUAAAGAAGACGAAGGGCCUUCGCCUAAAAAGCGUAAGACCGCCUUCGAUGAAGAGCCAUCUGAGAAGUUAGAACAUAGGCUGGGAGGCAUUCUGUGUUGCGCAGUUUGCCUGGACCUGCCUCCUGCUGCCGUUUAUCAGUGUAGUAAUGGCCACUUGAUGUGCGCCCCUUGCUUCACGCACCUGCUCGCUGACGCGCGUCUCCGCGACGAGUCCGCCACUUGCCCCAACUGUCGGGUCGAGAUAUCCAAGACAUCAGCCUCCAGAAACCUGGCCGUGGAGAAGACGGUCUCCGAACUGCCCUCGGAGUGCAAGCAUUGCACUCGAGUCUUCCCGCGACAUUCGCUGCAGCACCAUGAAGAAAAGACUUGUGAAGAUAGGCCGUACAAGUUCACCCAGUUGACGGUGGACAUAGCACCCCAUAAGGCUCUCAGUGGUUUGGUUCGCAUUGUGGCCAGUGUGUAUGGCUUCCUGUUGUCCUUCUUCAGAAGAAGCUACCUCGUCUCCGAGGUCACGGCACACAAGCGUCGUAGGUACCGCAGGUUGACGGGGUGCCGGUUCGCGUGCAUCGGGUGCGGGUGGCGCGGGCCGGCGCACGAGGCGCGCGCGCACGAGGCGGCGUGCGCGCACCCGCGCAAGUCGGCCAGCGACGUGGUGGGCGUGCUGGCCGAGCGCGACCGCGCCGCCGCCGACCAGCUGCGCAUCUACACGCAGAUAUUCGAUCUGCUCUCCUAUGAGAAGAUCACGUUUAACGACCUGCAGCUGAAGCCGUACCGCACGGAGGAGUUCGUGCACAAGCUGUACUACGAGACGCUGCGGUUCCCGUCGUUCGGCCACCAGUGGGUCGUGAAGGCGUUCAUCAACAACAACCAGCCGCACCCCGCGCACGCCGCGCAGCGAGAGAUCACCUACCAGCUGCUGCUGAAGAGCAAGGCGCAGUGCGAGCUGGCCGUGCAGUGGGUGUGGGCGCGCGGGCCCUUCGGCGAGGCGCGCCUGCGCCCGCGCGUGGGCGCGCACACCUUCCGCGACGACGAGCCCGCGCCGCGCCCGCUGCCGCUCGCCGACCCGGACGACGCCAACCGCCUGCUCUCCAACAAGGCGAUCCACUUCCGACUCAUCAUGUUUCUCACGACGAAGUAAUCUCUUUCUAUCAUCUUGGUUUUAAAGUUGCUUUUUGUUUGUUUCCGUAACCAAAGAUCACAAAAAUGCAUUUUUUACUCUGACCAUUUUAUUGCAAUGAAUAAUAUUUAUAUAACGUAAUUCUAUUUACCUGUUUUUAACUAUUAUGCACUGACUUAUGAUUUGCCGUUGGCAAUUGAAUUUUAUAGAAUUGAAGCGAAUUUAGAUCAAAUUUUAUACUCGGAGAUUGUUUUAAGUACAAAAUUAAUGGUUGGACACCAUUGUAGUUAGUAAUAUAGCUAAUUGUUUAAGAUAUGAGCGAAGCGAAGUUUUCGCUAUAUUUUGGGGGUAUUUUUUCAAUGCUCUGUACACCUCGUAGUGCCUGGAGAGUGGUGAUAUCAAAUGUUUAUAUAAGUUUACUUAUUUGGGAAUUAAAAUUUGAUCUUAUUUAUUGUUUACGACAAUAAAAAUGUAUUUAUUAUUAU